AUGGCAACAGCCGUCACACUCGCUGCUGAAGACAUCUCAAUAACAUCCUACCCCGAUGGCGGCCUCCAAGCAUGGCUCGUCGUCCUCGGCUCAUGGGCCUGCAUGAUCACCUCCAUGGGGCUCCUCAACACCAUGGCCGUGUUGCAGGCGAGACUCUCAGAGAAUGAGCUGAAGCAUCUUCCUGAGUCGACAAUUGGUUGGAUUCUCAGUAGCUAUGCCUUCUUUUUGUACUUCUGCGGAGCGCAAGUCGGUCCCAUCUUUGACGCGUACGAUGUGAAGUACCUGGUGAUACCAGGUAGCAUCGGCAUCGUCCUCUCCAUGAUGCUCAUCGGCCUCUGCAAAGAAUUCUACCAAUUCUUCCUCUGCUUCGGCCUCCUCGGCGGCGCCUCCGCCUCCCUCCUCUUCAACCCCGCCAUCGCCAUCAUCGGCCACUACUUCGACAAGCGCCGCGCCCUCGCCACGGGCAUCGCCUGCACCGCCGGCGGCCUCGGCGGCAUCCUCUUCCCCAUCAUCAUCCUCUACCUCACGCCCCAGGUCGGCUUCCCCUGGGCCACCCGCGUCAUCGCCUUCAUCUGCCUCGCCAUGGGCUGCCUCGCCGUCUGCCUCAUGAAGAAGCGUCUCCCCCACAACAAGAACACCAGCAUACGCCCCGGCAGCGCCAUCGACCUGGCCGCCCUCCGUGACCCAAAGUACGCACUGACGACGCUUGCCGUCUUCCUCGUUGAGUUUGCCGUCUUCAUCCCUUACACGUACAUCUCCUCGUAUGCGAUCCACGCCGGGAUGCCCACGCAGCGAGCAUACCUCCUCAACGCCCUCGUCAAUGUCGGUGCGAUACCCGGUCGCGCGCUUCCGGGCUAUGCAGCCGACCGCUUCGGCGCCUUCAACAUCCUCGCUCUGACGGCGACUACCUGCGCGGCUCUCAUCUUUGCGCUUUGGUACAAUGCCGGCACCAACGAGGCGGAGAUUUACUCGUUUACUGUUCUGUACGGGUUCUGGUCCGGCGCUGCGAUCAGUGUCACGCCUGUAUGUAUCAGCAGGGUGUGCAACAUCGAGGAUAUCGGGAAGAGGACCGGCACGGCAUUCUUCAUUGCGAGCUUUGGUGUGCUUAUUGGGUUGCCUAUUGCCGGUGCCUUACUGAAGGCUGAUAACGGCUCGUAUAACGGCGUCAUUGUGUUUGCAGGGUGUUUCUAUGCGGCGACUGUUGUUACGCUGUAUAUUGCCCGAGGUGUGGCUGCUGGUUGGGGACUCAAGGUUAUCUUCUAA